AUGAAAGUUUACUUUGAUAAAUAUUUAGGCAAAGAUGAGAAAAGCUUUGCCCAUGUGACAAUGAAAGCUCAUACAAAAGUCUCCGAAAAAAAAUUUCUUCGAAAGCGCUGGGAAAUGAUGAAAACAUUCACAAAUACCAACACUUACAAAGUAUUGUUGGGUUCAAGCGUGGAAGAAAAUUUAAGCACCUUAGAAUUCGAGUUACACAUUUUGCAGUGA